AUGGGUGUUGAGAUUCAGUGUUUUUUGUUGGAACAAAUGUUUGGCUCCGAUGGUGCAACCAGCUCUCCCCACAGGUGGAGCAUCAGGCCUUCACCCCCCGAAGAGGACGACACCAUAAUCAGAGCUCAAGCUCAGUUCGGCAACAAGUGGACCACCAUAUCCCGACUCCUCUCCGGCAAAACCGACAAAGCCAUUAAGUACUACUGGAACUCCACCCUCAAACGCAAGUGCGCUUCCAUGGGCUCCAUCGAUGAUCCUCACUUUGCGCAACCACUGAAACGCUCCGUCAGCGUUUGCGCCGUCGUACCUGUGUCAAUGAGGUCAAUGGCGGUGUUGGAGAAAGCUUGGAGGAUUUUAGGGUUAGAGUCAUAG